AUGAAAGAAUUUUUGAUAAUUAUUACUCUAACGCUAGUGGGUACUUCGACGUGUUUGAUAGAUAGAAUAGCUAACCCUGAUCUAGGCGUCUCUAGCGGUUUGCUGCCCUACUGUCCGGGUGUUGAAAAAAACUCAACGUUCACAAGGGAGACUUUGAAUCGCUUUCACAUGAGAAUAUAUUCGCUUACGGAACAUGGCGUUGAAAUUCAGAAAGACUAUCCCAUCGAGUCUUUCUUUACUCAUAUUGUCAGAGACAAGUUAUUUGAUUUGAAGAAGAAGACAGUGGUCUAUGCAGAGGCUUACUACGAUAGCACUUUCGACCCCCUGAACAAAAAAAUCGCCAGCCUCUAUUGUAAUAUGGGAUACAAUGUCCUAAUAAGCGAAACGCUCACUGUUCUCUCGCGACAUUAUCCAAAAUCAGUCCGCUUGUCUCGCGCAGUCGGUCUUAAAAUUGGUGAACUUCUUGUCAAAUUAGUCGAUAACGGGUUAGAUGUAGCAAAUUUAGAACUGGUCGGAAUGAGUAUUGGCGCUCACGUAAUAAGUUACGCCGCCAAACACCUAAUAGCUGUAAGGGGAAAGAAAGCUUUUAAAUUGACCGGUUUGGAUCCCGCCGGACCGUGCUUUCGAAACCAGCCGCCGGACGAAAUCUUCUCGAGCCAAGACGCAGAAAGAGUUUCUGCCAUACAUACAAAUAUCGACGUGUUCGGCAUGUCUAGAGCUUUUGGACAGGUAGACUUUUAUGUUAACGGUGGUGAAUUUCAACCAGGUGCGUUACCCGACCCGGUAUGCUUGGCUGUCUGUAGCCAUAUAAAAGCGUUAGAAUAUUAUACACACAUUCUACAGUAUCCACGAUCCUUCAUCGGAGUGAAGUGUGAUUCUAUACAAGAUGCGCGACUCUCCAAGUGUUUCGGCAACAAGGAAAGAAAUUUAGCAGGGCCUCUGACGGAUUUCAGUAAACCGGGUAUCUAUUACUUGCCGACUAAGUUGGAAUAUCCGUAUUACGCCGGAGAAGAGGGCCUCGUCCCCGAGAACGAGCCGUUCGAAAAAUAUACGCUACAGGUUAAUUCUGAAGAUGUUUAUGUAGCGUAA